ACAGCCCCCCCCGCCAUGGCGGGCACCCUCCCGGCCUUCAUCCUCCUCCUCACCGCCCUCACCCCCCUGGCAGCUGAGGAAGUGGUGCUGCUGGACUUCGCCAAGGCGCAGGGGGAGCUGGGGUGGCUCACACACCCCUACGGCAAAGGGUGGGACCUGCUGCAGAACGCCUUCAACGACUCCUUGAUCUACAUCUACUCGGUGUGCAACGUGCUGGAGGGCGAGCAGGAGAACUGGCUGCGCACCAACUGGAUCUACCGCGGGGUGGCCCAGCGCAUCUUCAUCGAGCUGCAGUUCACCGUCCGCGACUGCAACAGCUUCCCCGCGGCCGGCAGCGGCUCCUGCAAGGAGACCUUCAACCUCUACUACGCCGAAUCCGACGUGGAUUACGGCACCAACUUCCAGAAGCGGCAGUUCAAGAAGAUCGACACCAUCGCCCCCGACGAGAUCACCGUGCAGGAGGACUUCGCGGCUCGCAACGUGAAGCUGAACGUGGAGGUGCGCUCGGUGGGACCCCUCCGGAAGAAAGGCUUCUACCUGGCUUUCCAGGACCUGGGCGCCUGCGUGGCGCUGCUCUCCGUCAGGGUCUACUACCAGCAGUGCCCGGCGGUGGUGCGGGGCAUGGCCACCUUCCCGGCCACCGUGGCCGGCCCCGACUCGCAGGCGCUGGCCGAGGUGAAGGGCAGCUGCGUGGAGCGGGCGGUGGCCGAGCGGGAGCCCACCCUGCACUGCAACGCCGACGGCGAGUGGCUGGUGCCCAUCGGGCGCUGCCUCUGCCAGCAGGGCUACAGCGGGCACGGGGACAGCUGCCAAGCCUGCCCUCCUGGCUCCUUCAAGGCAGGGGUGUCCACAGAUGAGUGCCAGCCCUGCCCUGCCAACACUGUGCCCUCCCUGGCCGCUGCUGCUUCCUGCCCCUGCCAGGAUGGCUUCUUCCGUGCCCUCUCCGACCCCCCCAGCGACCCCUGCACACGUCCCCCUUCCGCCCCCCAGGGCCUGACGGCCGUGGGGCUGGGGGCGGCGGUGCAGCUGCGGUGGUCGCCGCCGGCCGACAGCGGUGGCCGUGAGGACGUCUCCUACGCGGUCAGCUGCGAGCAGUGCUGGCCUGAGAGCGGGGAGUGCCGGCCCUGCGAGCCGGGGCUGCGCUACUCGCGGCCCCCCCACGGCCUCACCGCCACCGCCGUCACCGUCACCGACCUGGAGCCCCACGUCAACUACACCUUCACGGUGGAGGCGCUGAACGGCGUGUCCCCGUGCAGCCCCCGGCGCAGCCUGGCCGCCACCACCAUCAGCGUCAACCAGACAGAGCCACCCCGGGUGACAUCGGUGAGCCUGGAUGGACGGACAGCCACCAGCCUGAUCCUCUCCUGGACGGUGCCACCCCGGCAGCAGAGUCGGGUCUGGAAGUAUGAGGUCACCUACAGCAAGAAGGUGGAUGAGAACAGCUACUCCGUGCUGCGCUGCGAGGGCUCCUCUGUCACCCUGCCCAAGCUGUCCCCUGCCACUGCCUACCUGGUGCGGGUCCAGGCUCUCACCGCCGACGGCCACGGCGCCUACAGCCCCCAGCACGAGUUCGAGACCCUGCCCGAGGGUGCUGAGGCUGCGACCUCUGCCGCUGUCAUCAGCGGCUCCGUCACCGGGGUCCUCUUCGUCCUCCUGCUCUUGGGUGCUCUCCUCUACGUGCUCCGGCGGAAGAGGAGGUCGCGGCCGCGGCAGUCUGCUGAGGAUGUCUACUUCUCCAAGUCAGACCAGCUGAAGCCCCUCAAGACCUACGUCGACCCCCACACCUACGAGGACCCCAACCAAGCCAUGCUCAAGUUCACCACCGAGAUCCCUCCAGCCUCCAUCACUCGCCAGAAGGUCAUCGGCGCCGGUGAGUUUGGAGAGGUCUACAAAGGCACCUUGAAGCGUGGCAAGAAGGAGGUGCCGGUGGCCAUCAAGACCUUGAAGGUUGGCUACACGGAGAAGCAGAGGGUGGACUUCCUGAGCGAGGCCACCAUCAUGGGGCAGUUCUGCCACCACAACAUCAUCCGCCUGGAAGGGGUCGUCUCCAAGCACAAGCCCUUCAUGAUCAUCACAGAGUACAUGGAGAACGGCGCCCUGGAUAAAUUCCUGCGGGAAAAAGAAGGGGAGUUUGGUGUCAUCCAGCUGGUGGGGAUGCUGAGGGGCAUCGCUGCUGGCAUGAAGUACUUGGCCAACAUGAACUACGUCCACCGGGACCUGGCAGCCAGGAACAUCCUGGUCAACAGCAACCUGGUCUGCAAGGUGUCAGAUUUUGGCCUCUCCAGGGUGUUGGAAGAUGACCCUGAAGCCACCUACACCACCAGUGGGGGGAAGAUCCCCAUCCGCUGGACAGCUCCCGAAGCCAUCUCCUACCGCAAGUUCACCUCGGCCAGCGACGUCUGGAGCUACGGCAUCGUCAUGUGGGAGGUGAUGUCCUACGGAGAGAGGCCCUACUGGGAGCUCUCCAACCAUGAGGUGAUGAAGGUGAUCAACGAGGGCUUCCGCCUGCCUGCCCCCUUGGACUGCCCCUCUGCCAUCUACCAGCUGAUGCUGCAGUGCUGGCUGCAGGAGCGCGCGCGGCGCCCCAAGUUCGCCGACAUCGUCAGCAUCCUGGACAAGCUGAUCCGAGCCCCCGAGUCCCUCAAGGCCCUGGCAGACUUCGACCCUCGGGUCUCCAUCCGCCUGCCCAGCACCAGUGGCUCGGAGGGGGUCCCCUUCCGCUCCGUCCCCGAGUGGUUGGAGUCCAUCCGCAUGCCGCAGUACACAGAGCACUUCAUGGCCUCAGGCUACAGCACCAUUGAGAAGGUCCUGCAGAUGACCACUGAGGACAUCAAGAAGAUCGGCGUGCGGCUGCCGGGGCACCAGAAGCGCAUCGCCUACAGCCUGCUGGGGCUGCAGGAGGGGGCUGCUGCUGGGGGGGCUGCCAGUUAACACCCCCCCC